AUGGAGGACUCGAGCUUGUGCCUUGGUAUGUCGUCAGCGGUGCCCGACACCGAAGCCCACCUGAGCAGCGCGGUGCUGAACGGCCGCUACCCGAUCAGUCAGAAGCUUCACCAGCUCACCGCCCAGUUGGGCCACGCCUUCCCCGACCUUCACCGCCCGCAGCAGAUACCCGAGGAGAAGGCGGCCACACCGUUGGACGAGAAGAGCCACCACGCCGCCCUCGCCAGUCAGCCAAUCAGCAGUCAGAUGGCGCUCUUAGCCAAUCAGCUCAACCGCGACAUGGACGCCGGAGCGUUGAGCGGCUUGAACGGGCGUGUGGACCUGCAGCAGUUCCUCAACGGCCAGAACCUGGGCAUCAUGUCGCAGAUGAAUGAUAUUGAAGAUGACGCCCGCAAGAACAGGAAGUACCCCUGCCCACUAUGCGGCAAACGCUUCCGCUUCAACAGCAUCCUGUCACUGCACAUGCGCACGCACACGGGCGAGAAGCCCUUCAAGUGUCCCUACUGCGACCACCGGGCGGCUCAGAAGGGCAACUUAAAGAUUCACCUACGCACCCACAAGCUGGGCAACCUGGGCAAAGGUCGUGGCCGGGUCCGUGAAGAGAACAGGCUGCUCCAUGAGCUGGAAGAGCGAGCCAUCCUGAGGGACAAGCAGAUGAGAGGGAGCGCCAGCCUCCUCCAAAACCCCCAGACCCCACACCUGAGUCUCAACAACAGCAGCGCCAACACCCUCCAGCCGCCGCUGGGCUCGGCCUGUGGCCUCCCGCCGCCAUCGGGCCUCAUCACUCCAGAAACCGUAGCCCAGCCGUCGUCUUCCCCCAAGCCGACCGCCGCCCAGGACGAGCAGUCCCUCAACCCGGCCACGGGGUUCCGCUGCACGUUCUGCAAAGGGAAGUUCAAGAAACGCGAGGAGCUGGAUCGCCACAUCCGCAUCCUCCACAAGCCGUACAAAUGUACGCUGUGCGAGUUUGCCGCCUCCCAUGAAGAAGAUCUGAUCAGUCACGUGGAGAAGGCCCACAUAACUGCAGAGACCACGCAGGGUCAGGGUGCUGGUGGAGCCGGCGGCACACAGGUGGCCACAGAAUUCCGCUGCGACGUGUGCGGCCAGGUGUUCAGCCAGGCCUGGUUCCUCAAGGGUCACAUGCGCAAGCAUAAGGACUCCUUUGAGCACUGCUGCCAAAUAUGUGGGCGCCGCUUUAAAGAACCUUGGUUCCUCAAGAAUCACAUGAAGGUCCAUCUCAACAAGCUGGCCAUCAAGAGCAAGCCGCCACAGCCCAGCGAGCAGGACAUGGUGUCCAUUAACAGCAUGAGCAGCCUGGCUCAGGAAGCCCACGCUAGCCUUUAUUCCCGCUACAUCUCCUGUCUCCAGGGAGGCUUCCUUUCCCCGGACAAACAGGGCUUGAGCGAGCAGCAUCAAAUGUUGGCCAAAGCCGGGAUCGCCAUGAAGGAAAAGGAAAUGCUUGGGAAGCUACUGGGACCCAUGGCGGCGGGUAUCGGUCACGGGUUGGGCGAGAACGAGAAGCGUUCCCUCCUGGGUUGCCUCAACCUCGUUCCGCCUCUCAAGUCGAGCUGCAUGGAACGCCUGCAGGCCGCCGCCAAGGUGGCAGAGAUGGAUUCCCUCAACAGCUACCAGGCUUGGCAGAUCAUGGCUCGUGGCAUGGCUAUGGACCGGGCUUUCAUGCCCAAGGAGCCGCAGCAACACACGACGCCGGGGCAGGAAAACGACAUGAACGGCGCCAUGGCGUCCUACUCCAAGGAGAAACAAGACUAUGCCCUCAUGGCUUCAACCGAUGGCUCUAAGAAGCAGUUCACUGAAGCCUUGCAGGGCUCCAAGGCCGCCAGCGCCGCCAUGAUAUCCAUGAAGGACGACGCUAGAGGCUUCGACUUGAUGCCUCACCACAUCGGUUCAGACACCCCCACCUUGGGAAACCCCAACAUGGACUAUGGCCUCUCAAACCUGAAGGACAAGCCCUCCGAAUGCCCCGACUGCGGCCGGGUUUUCAGAACCUACCACCAGAUGGUCGUCCACUCUCGCGUCCACGGCAAGGACCGGAGAAACACGGAGGAGGCGCUCCAGCAACAGAGCGUGGACGAACGCCGCGGCUCGGCCAGCGACCCCGAGUCCCAGUCCAUCAGCCGCUCCACCACGCCGGGCUCCUCCAACGUGACGGAGGAGAGCGGGGCCGGAGGCGGCCACUCGCAGACGGGAAGCGUCCAGGACGACAGCCCGCAUCCUUCGUCUCCUUCUUCAGAUGUCGGGGAGGAGGCGGCGGCGAAGGCGGCCGCCAGCGUCCCCCUCUCGGUGUCGCAGCAUCGCGAGCGGACCGUAGGCUCCGCCUCCAAAGACUGCCCUUACUGCGGCAAGUCCUUCCGCACCUCCCACCACCUCAAGGUGCACCUGCGCAUACACACAGGAGAGAAGCCCUACCGCUGCCCUCAUUGCGACUACGCCGGCACCCAGUCCGCCAGUCUCAAGUACCACCUGGAGCGCCACCAUCGCGAGCGGCAGAAUGGCGCCGCCGCGCCCGGACACGCCCCUUCAUCCGACCACAAAGACGACCACGGGAAGGCGGCCGGCGGCGCCGUCUUUGCCCGGCCCGAUGUGCUGCGUAAUGUUUUCAAGGGCAUGCCCCCCAACUUGGACUUCAGGGUGGGGCCGCUGCUGCCACAUCAGUGGGCGGCAGCUGGCGUGAUGUCUGCCAGCGAGCGCGGGGAUCGACACUUUGACUCCAUCUCGGACAACAUGAAGGCUGCAGAUGGCCCCGCCUCCCUGGUCGCCGCGUCAACUGAUAGUCCCGCCAGCUUCUCCGAUAUAAGCCGGGCCUACCAAAGCAUGAUGGGAAAUGGAGUCCACUUUCAAGGCUCUCUGCAGGCAUUCAUGGACAACUUUGUCCUCAGCUCCAUGAAGAAAGACAUGAAGGAUAGCCCGAGUCCAGUCCAGGUCCAAGCCCAGUCCUACCAUGACAACGGGGAACCGAGAGCCAAGCGUGCCACCCUGGCAGACCAGGACAGAGAUGACAAGCCUGAGGCCAAGCGGAAUCCUGAACCCGGCAAACCUGGAUCCCAGUUUGAGCCGCUGGAUCUGUCAGUUUCAGUCCGACCCGAGUCUGCCUCCGGUUCUCUUCCCGGCUCCUCGGUCACCAUCCAUGACAACGUGGCAUGGCACAGCUGCCUAUUCUGCUCCUUCUGUACCGCAUCGGUGGAGCUUAUGGCCCUUCACCUCCAGGCCAACCAUCUGGGUCAGGCCCAGAUUCAUCUGCCUGAUACGGGCAAAGACGAGGCUCCCACCAUCAAGAGUUUAGUUCAGGACAAAGACGUGGAUGCAGAGAGAAACCAGGGUGGCUGGAACAACCACAUAGACCAGCCCUACAACCCCUUCCAAAGCGACUUCUACAGGCGCUUUGGCGGCUUGUAUGAUGGAUCCCCACGGGCCACCCAGGGUUUCCAAAGCUACAUGGCCGUGGCUGAGCAAGGUCUGGACCUGCCCGGCAAGGCCUUCAGGGGAUCAUCGUUGACGGGCGAUGGUGAAAAGAGCUCCUGUGGAGACCCUGACGAGGACCAGGCUGGCUCGGAUGAAGAGCUUCUUAAAUCUGGGGGCCACAUCGCUAGUGAAACCCCAUCAGCCACGCCCAAGAGAGGACAACAUCACUCUGAUGAGGAGCAGGACGAGAGGGGUGUGGCUGAAGAGGAUGAGGAGCGAGAUGAUGACGAGCAAAUGGACAUGGACCAAGAGGAAGACGGAAAUACGGCUCUAGACCACGUCCAGAACCACCAAAAGCAGCUGCGAGAUGUCUUUGUGGCCUCUUCCUCAGCCAUGACGCCGCUCUCCAUGCUGCCCCCCAACCAGAAGCAAGUCUUGUCCCUGGAAAACCAGUGGAAGCAAGGCCUGAACCUCAUGCCCCCCGGAGGGGCCCCUGGACUGCUGAAGGCGGACCAGCAGAACCACCUGGAGCAGCAGAUGAACAUGCUGUCUGUCCUCAGAGCCUACGGCGGAGACAACCUGCCGGCCUUCAACGGCCUGGGUGGUGGAGGGGGAGGAGGACCACCCUCGGUGAAGAGGCCUGACGCACCCGUUCACCUGUGGGUGACGGAGGAGGACCAGCCCGUGACCCAUGACCCCAACCACCUGGAUGGCGACCUCAGCAACCACGACGUGGGCCAGGCUGCGGGACACGAAGACUAGCGACCGGCACGAUUAAAAACUUUAUUUAAAAAACAACAACAAAAACACACACACACACUACCAUCAAGAGAAGUGAGGGGGCGUGGCCCAGUGUGGACCUAAUGACUACAAACUUUUUUUUUUUUUUUU